GACUAAUUUUAUUUUACUCUGUGACCAUUGUUCAUGUGAAAUGAAUCUGUAUUUAGUGUCCUGUCCUAUGUGUCGGUGUAUCGCUAGGCAUUAGGUACAUUAUAUUGCACAGAUUACGGGAACUGGAAUACAAACGCCAGCGUGGAAAGCUACAAAAGUUAAUUUGUCUAUUUUGGGUUUGGGGAACGUGUCAUUUUCUAGAAAAAUGUUGUUUUCUCUAUUACCGAAGGUGAUGGCCACCACGUCACUGUUACUACUGAUUUGGUUUAGCCACUGCGUAAAGGGAAGUAAUGUGGAUUACACAUUAGAUGAGAGCUUGGUUACUUUCAAAAGUGACCCAAAUAUAGUAUUAUUGGAACAUGAGAGACAUCGACGCGACGCUCCAACCUCGACGACGCUUGCUACGGAAUCCUCCACGACUCCGCCGGUUACUGUUCCUAAUGGAACCAAGCCAACCCAAUCAACUUCCGCAGACGACAUCAAUAGAACAAUUAACAGCACUGACAAGCCUUCUACCCCAGCUGUAGCUACAGUUACUAAGAUACCGUUGUUGGGAGUCAAUGGAUCUGGGAUUCUGCGUGUUAAUCUUACUGAGAAUAUGCCCAAAGUGAGUGAGCCGCUUCUACCAGAUGAUAAUAUCUCCGAUGUAUUUAGGGAAACACCGGAAACUAUUAAAGCUGAACACAAUCUCACCAGUUUGGUUUAUGACAAUCACAUGUUCUACAAUAGCACAUUCAUCGGUAACGUCUCCUUUGUGAAGGAAUAUUGGGCAAACAUAACUGAACGGAAACCAGAAAUUCAUGAAGUUCUCAGUAACUCACAUCGACGUGCUACGACAUUGAAAUUGAGUUUUGAUUUUCCAUUCUACGGCCAAGACAUACGGAAUAUAACGGUUGCUACUGGCGGCUUUAUUUACACAGGCGAGCAUGUUCACAAUUGGCUUGCAGCAACGCAGUAUAUCGCUCCAUUGAUGGCCAACUUUGAUACUACCCUCACCAAUGACAGUAUGGUCAAAAUGUACGAUGACGGAACUAAGUUUACCGUGAUCUGGGAGAAUGUAACUCUACAAGAAGAUGCAUCAAAGAAAUUCACAUUCGCAGCAACUCUGAACAAAAAUGGAGAUAUUGUAUUCACAUACAAGGAUAUCGCUAUUCCCGUUCAGCAAAUCAAUGAUAAGGAGCAUCCCGUCAAAGUUGGCAUCAGUGAUGCUUAUUUGAAAGAUAAAUAUCUCUUCAACGUAAGACAUAAGACAAUCUACGAGUAUCAUCGCAUCUCUUUCAAAAACCACGAAAUUUCAAAUAACACUAUUUUAAAAUUGACUGCGCUGCCGACCUGCAUUCAGUAUAAUACUUGCGAGAGCUGCGCCAACCAUGAUACCGGCUUCCAGUGUCUAUGGUGUGAACAGCUCCGUAAAUGUUCAAGCGGCACUGAUAGGAACAAACAAGAUUGGAUGGUUAGAAAUUGCGAUAGAGAGCCUGUGAUGAACUCAUCGUCUUGUCCCGCUCAUGCGCCGAUCAACGCGCCUUCUGACAAUAGCAACACAGCCUACACAACAGAUGGACAGAACAACUCUGUAGUCGUUGUUAGCACAGUGCACACUGAUGCGGAUGCUAAGCCGAGUAGCGAGCGUGUGGGCGGGAUGACUGGCGUGGGCGAGGCGGAGCGCUCUCCGGUAGGUGGCGCGGUCGCAGCGUUCGUGCUCGUCGCCCUCAUCUGCUGCUUCGGCGCCUGGAUCCUGUAUGCCUUCAAGAACCCACACACACGCAGCGGACAGUUUCUUAUCAAGUAUCGACCUUCUCAAUGGGGAUGGAGACGCGGUGAAGCGCGCUAUACUGCCGCCACCAUACAUAUGUAAGGAGUGCUGCGCAUGCGCAGUGAUGAAGUCACGCCGCAACAACUGUGACAACCGCAAAUCGUAGCGCGGAUUGCCUUUGAUCCAUUUCAGAGACAAAAACUAUUUAGGAAUGUAAAGUCCUAUUCUAAAGGCCGCUUGUAUUUCAGUCUUAUAACCGUCCCUUUAAAAAAAAAUGUAAAACCGACUUCAAAAAAAUUAUCUUGCCUUACAUUUACCGAUAUCUAAAUUUCUCCAAGGGAAUAAAUGCAAAAGACCACUAUAAUAUCACCGUAAGUUAUGUUGUAAAAAAAACAUGCAAACCAAUUAAUAAAUCCAAUUUUUUUUUGUAGUCGGUUUAAAAUAACUUUAUAUUGUUGUAUCCAUGCUUUUAUACAGAUCUUAUUACAAUGUUAUAUAUUGUUGUACGUAAGUAAAGCUAAGUAAGGCCCUGUUAUAUAUAAUAUACUGUAAAUAUCUUUAUCGGCUAUCAUUCCCGAGUACAAAUUAAAAAUUGUGCCUUAAUCUUUCUAUUAUAAAACACUGCCAUAUACAAAUCUGUUAAAUUAAUUCUCUUUAAACAGAACACUGAAAUGAAAAUGUUCAAUUUGAUCAAAUAUCAAUAAAUACUUAGUUAUUUUAUAAUAUUAUUUUGAUGAACAGUUAACUGUUAAUCAGAAUAAAUUAUUAAGCUGAUAAACAAAUAAAUUACUUAAUUUUUGGAAAAACAAACCGAACUGAAUAUUUAUCAAUGUUUUUUUUUUAAAUGCAGUUGCAACCUUUUCGUUAUUUUUAUAGUAAACUAGAAACCGUCCAAUUUCCUUAAAGUUUUUAACACUUGAAAGUAUAUUAAAUAUAUUAAAAUCCAUCCGCCUUUUUAAAAAUAAAUAUUUAUCAUAUUGAACUGGAAUCCAUCAAAACAUAUCUACAUUUGUUAAAUUAUAAAAGCAACGCCCGUUUGAGGUUUUUUUUUAUUGCCAUAAAAUGUGAUAAAUCAUACAAAUGGUUUUAUAACAUAUCUUACAUUUUUAUAAGGCAGCUUAAAACAUGAUGAACAAAUGAAAAUAUUUAAAAAGGGCUGAAUAUCACGUAUUAAUUGAUAUUGUAUUUUUAAACGUAUAUAACUGUUAUGUAUCAUUAUAUACAUGCCGCAUGUCAGAAUUAUAUAUUUUAUUAAUAUGUAUAUUCACCAUGAAAUUAAUAAUUAAAUUUUAAAAUUACUUAAUGAUUAGUACUUAAGGAAUAUCUAGGAACAAGGUUUGUUUGUGAUACGUAUAAUGAUUGUAAAUUUAAACUUUCGUGGUUUUAUUUUGGUAAGUUUCGUAUGAUUAAUUGGUUUACUUGGCUGUUUUUGUUAUUCCAUUUUAUUUGCAUAUUUGCAGGGCUUCCAAAUGCACAAUUUAAAAUUACUUAGUGCAUUAAAUCGACCAUCACACUUUGCUAUAUUUUAUUUUUAAUUUUUUAUGGUGUAGUUAUAUGUCUAUUUAUAUAUAUAUAAUUUUUUA